AAUAAUAAUAAUGGUCUGAAAAUAACUCUAUGGAAGAAAGAACCAGACGAAGGGGCGGCGGCGGAUAUUAAUCCAGUGAAAUGGAUGUCUUCGAAGAUAAGGUUGAUGAAGAGGAUGAAUAAGAAUAUUCCGGCAAAAUCCAAGAUCGACAGCGAUCAGAAUCCAUCUUCAAAUUCUUCAUUAUUAGAAAGUAGCGAUCAUUUAAGCAGCGGCAAUAGUUCCUCGUACAACAACAACAACAACAGCAACUACCCAAUUAGGGUUUGUGCUGAUUGCAACACCACCAAAACUCCUCUCUGGAGAAGUGGUCCCAAAGGCCCUAAGUCACUUUGCAACGCGUGUGGGAUAAGGCAGAGGAAGGCGAGGCGGGCAAUGGCCGCAGCCGCAGCUGCCGCCAGCGGAGCGGUGGUUGCCGCCAACCAGCCGCCACCGGUGCUGAAGAUCAAGGUGCAGCACAAGGAGAAGAUGGGCAAAAAUAAUGGACACUCGUCGCUGCUCAAGAAACGCUUCAAAACGGCUGAUAAUAAUACUAAUGCCGCCGGAUCAUCGGCCGAUAGUACUAAUAACGGAAAGAAGAAGCUCGGUUUCGAGGAAUUCUUGAUUAAUUUGAGCAACAAUUUAUCGAUUCAUCGAGUUUUCCCCGAUGAUGAAAAGGAUGCUGCAAUUCUGCUUAUGGCUCUAUCUUCUGGCCUAGUUCAUGGUUAAAAUUAAUUCCAAUUUAUUUAUUUAAUUCUUAUUUAGAGAGAUCAUAGGUUAAAUCAAGAAUUAGGGCAGAUUACAAUCUUUAUUUAAGUUUUUGUGAUGGAUCAUUUGGUAGCUAGGAGAUCCAGAGAGUGAGAUUUUUGUUUUGUUUUUGUUUUUAUUUAAUGAAUUAAAUAAGAGUAAUAAAAAUUAAUUAAUUAAUUAAUUUGUGUGGCGAUGUGUUGUAAACA